GAUUUUAUAUGCUGCGUGUCAGCCAUCGUUUCUCUGCUAGAGGGGACGCCCUUGGAAGUGCUGGAGAGGAGCACGGGGAAGGAGCUGAUAACUCUUGGAACAGUCCAGAGCUUCUAGCCUCUCCCUACUUAAAUAUUAAAUUGGAGCAACUGCCAAACUUAUAUCAUGUUUGUGAUUUCUGCCUUUAUUUUGGGCCUGAAAAGGGUUUGUGUGCCAAGAACUUGAUGUGAUAUUCUCCAGCUGUGUACCACAUGCUCUAAAGUCUUGUCUCUGUCCUUAAACUGUAGCUGCUACAGAACAGUGUCAUUAAUCUCAUUCUUUCUGGUGGGGAUGUAAUGUACUGCCAAACAGAGUUCUUAAAGGGGGAAAAAAGUUCGUCUGUCAGCCAUUUCUAACAAACUUCUGUAUCUUCUUUGAAAUAAACCAUUUAUGCAGCAAGACAAGAAACUACCUGGCAAGAUUACUCCUAGAUUAUACCUACACUCUCAAACAUGUAUCUGAAGGCAAAGUAAUGUAGUUAAGCUAAUUAGAAACCACAGUACACAAGGAUACAGCUGAUAAAAAGGUCAAAAAGUUAAUACUAAGAGCAUUUAUAAAGAACAAAAUACAUACUGGCAAGGCUAGUGGGGGGAAAAGGCUUCAGAAGAGAAUUCAUGGAGAUGAUGAAACUGGUGGAAAUAUGUUUGUUUUUUUCAUUGCUAAGAUAUUACUAAGAAGAAGUGGUAAUAUUAGUAAUUUGAGACAAAGAUAAUUAAAUCUCUGGCCCAGAUACAUGUAGAAAAGAAGCAGUUGUUAUUAACACCAUUUGUAGAUGGAGGAUAUAGCAAAGCAUCAGGGGCUCCUUCUGAACUGAUGGAUGUUGUAUCAGGUGUUUAAGGGGGUUUUUCCACAAUAAAUAACAACAAAAAAACCCCCACGUUAAUCCUGUGAAGUACAAUCACGGGUUUAAUUCUGUUUCUAGAUCACAUAUUACUGCAAAUUUCAUUGGCUAAGCACUAAGGUGAAAUAAACCUUCACCAUGCCUGCAACUGGAGCGCCGGUUCCUGGACCAAAACCUGAUGGAAGGAAGACGAGCGGUGCCUUGUGGGUGGGCUCAGUCUGCACAAACCCCUCAGAGAUCUCCAAGUUGAGGGGUACCUCAAGGAUGCUUGACCCCACCAGGCCAGUUUCUUCCUCCCUGGAGCAUAGUUUUGUUCCAGAGGAGGUUUUCCGAAGCCUGACUUGUGCCAGCAGUUCUCUCUACAGCUCAGAGUACUUACAGUCCCCACAAACCACCAGAACCCCAAUGGGCUUCAAGGGCUGCCUGCAAACCCCAGAUCGGAUUUGGCAUUAUCCUAAUCGUCGAGGCAAGUUGAGACACCUGACAGACCACCCUGUCAGUUUGACGGGUGCUGGAAGGGAUGUCUCUUACCUGUGUGACGUUGCAACUGGCCAAGAAGCCAAGAAAGCAAUGGCCAGCAGAAGCGCUUUUGCUGGGAGUCGCUGGCACCGGCAAGGGAGCCUUGAUACAGUCCCAUGUCCUCCUCAAGCAACCCUAGCAGAUAGUCUGGUUCCCAAGGAAUUUCACAUUGUGAAGAACAGGGGAGUUUUGCCCCUGAAGUACUUUGAUGGUAAAUACACAACACUGCUCAAAGACCGUGAAAAGAAACUGCGGCUGUUCCCAUCCAUAAAACCUUCUGGGAGGCUAGAGGUGAUCCAGCUGAUGGAGGCAAUGGACAGCAUGUUGGAAAAAGCUGGAGUAGACAAGCUAAUCAGAGUAACAGGACCUUCACAGCUGCAUGAAAUGCUGGAGCUGAUAAAAGCAGAGCAGAACAUCUACAACAUUGUUUUCCAUGAGCUGAUUCGUCAGGUCAGCGUGGACUGUGUGGAGAGAGGACAACUGCUUUCGAAGCUCAGGCAGAGGUAUGUGGAUCUCAUGGAGAGGAUUCCUGAACAGAUCAAAACCCUCUACAACAAAAUGAUGGCACAGCGGUUGGUUGACACGCAUAUUACAGAAGAACUUCUCUAUUUUAAGGAAUCUGUUGGACAGCUGGCCAGUGAGCUGUGCAAGAUACAAGAGCAUGACCAUGAGAUGAGCAAAGAAGCAGAAGAAACUCAGGAGGAGCUGGCUGUGGCCAUGGAGGAAGCUGAGGAGAGUGCAAACCUUUUGGAAGAGUAUCGGGAGUUAUACGAGUUACAGAGACGACGACUGGAACAGCAAAUUCUGCUGCUAGCCCAAGAGAGAGACAUCUGGAUCUCAGCUGCCUGUGACCUGGCUAUGAAGAUAAUAGACAGAAACCAGUUCACGUUGGUUCGCAGGCUCCAUGUUAGUGGAAGAACACUGACCAACAUUCUCAAGCAUUUCAUGGUCCUCUUGGCCUCAAAGGACACGAGAGACCUGGCCGAUCUGCAGGAAGAGACCGAGCAGUUCAGGGAGAGGCUGGUUCGCAUUGAAGCAGAAAUGGAGUUUUCCGAGGAGUCCAGCCAGGGAAAAUUGCAAAUCGCCUGCGGCAGCCUCAACAAGUGGCUUCAGUACUUCCAUCACAGUGACCCCUCCUCUCCAAUGAAUGAAAAGCUACUAGAUGAAAUCCUACAAGAUAUCAAGAACUUGAUAAAUAUGCUGGAAGAAGAUCUAGAGCAGUUCAGAGGGGAGGUCCACCUAAGAAGGACUGAAAGUCUGAGGAGCACUGUCAGGCUGCAGGAGCACUGGGCAGAGCUGGGACAAACGCUGCUGAAUCGACACAAGGACUCUGCUGGAGCGUUGUCUCCACAGCACUCUGCCCUGGAAGAAAUAACCCAAACGACAUGUGAACUCUACCGGCAAUACAAUAUAAGGAUAAGCGGGAAUAACGGCACAAUUAAGUUUUUGACAGCCUUGCUGAAAAGUAUGGAAGACUGGUUAUUCAAGGUGCAAAAGCUGAAGAGAGGCUCUGGCACACAUGAAGCAGAGCUGCAGGUGUUUUAUCACAAAAUUCCUGCAUGGCUGGCCCAGAUGGACGCAGCAAUGAGCUGUAUAGGCUCCAGCCAGCUGCAUCAAGCUGGGAGCGAUGAGAAACCACAUUUCCCGGUGGUACCUAGAGAAUUUUUUAAGAUGAUUCAGCAAUGGGUUCUGUCUCUGAAUACUGAGGUUGAGAAGAAAGUCACGUAUCUUACUGAAAGAGUGACAGAACUGCACCACAACCUGACCAUGUGGCUGGUGAAUUUGCUGAAAUACCUGGCAGCAGAUCGCUUGUCCUGGGAGUGUCCCCCACGACAAAAGUCAGACACUGAGAUGGACGAGGAGCUCAGACUUCUGGGGGUUAAUAAGCUGCAGCAUGAAGCUCAAGAGCUGGUUGCAGAGAUGUGCAGACACUCUGGUUCUAUAGUCAGCUGCUGCCGUGACGUUGUUGAUGCAAUCGUACGAAAGAAACGGGCCGAGAUGGAUGCAGAAGCUGAUUUUGAGCUGAAGGAGCUGAAUAAGAUCAAGGCUGAGUGCUGCAAUUGGAUUCAAGCGUGUAGUCUUCUCCUUUCAGAGAUCAAAGGCACUCGUAUCUCCAUUCUACAUUUAGAAGACCUGAGAAACCUCUUUGAAUCAGAGGAAGAACUGAGAGAUCUCUUUAGAUCAGAGGAAAAACUGAGAUACUUCUUUGGAUCGGAGGAAGAACAGAGGAACCUCUUUGGAUCGGAGGAAGAACAGAGAAGCCUCUUUGGACUGGAGGAUUUGCAGCCAAAUUUUAAGCUUAAGGACACUCUUAUUUCCUCAACUCAGGAAGAACUUGAAGCUGAAGAUGCCGUAACAGAGGAAGAAACAUCAGAAGUAAAAGAGGAAACUGCUGUUUUGCAGCAGCCAGGUGCUGGUACAGAUUCUCUGACUGAUAACAAUGAAGCUACUGCAGACAUGAUCAGAUAUGUCGGACAUGACUCCAACGUCCACCUGAAGUCUCUGAAGUCAGACAUCGUUUCGGUUACAGGGAGGGAGAUGACUGCCUCCAAGCCCUCAACUCCCUUUUCUCAGAAAGAGUUUGAAGCCCUGGCAAUGCUGGAACAUCUGCAAGCGCAGGUCCUAGAAAGAGAGAUCCGUGCUCAGAAUGCAGAGGAGAGAUCUGAAGAUCUUGAAAAGAAACUGGAAGAAGCUCUGCAGAGAAUCAAAGAUCUAGAGAUUGAGCUAGAGAAAGAGGGGGAAGUCAUCCCAGAAGCAAUACACAAAGAAGAGCAAGAAGAAUGUAUCCAAGAAAGUGUCUCAGAAGUCAAGACCUGCUCAUCUCCCAAAGCUUCUACCUCUGGCCAGUCCAAGAAAUCAAAAAAAAAGCAAACAUUAAAGAAGAGCAAAACCUGAGUAGUUUCUUGGUGCCUAUUCAUAGUAGCAUCUCACCCCCAAUCUGCUGCCUUACUUCUCAUCCACUACCCCAAAAUCUCUGUGCCAUGUCAGCAUUUACACUGUUCUUCUAGCUGGUUCUGCUGCUUCCACGUCUUGCUUGUCCUCUACCUCCUCCCACAGUUCUAAUAUCUUUACUUUUCCUUGUAAUACCAUUGCUACCUUGACUUGCUCCUACCCACAUCUCUCCUGCCUGUGCACCCUCCUCCCCUGCCCUUGCCCUGUGCUUGCUUCCUCUUUGUGUUUAUCAGUCUCUUCUUGUUACUCUGUCUCAUUCAGCCUCAUCCCUGUUGGACUAUGCAAAUAAAAGUAGUUUGCACCUUUUUCCUCUCAUAUAAAGUGUUGGUGUUCUUUUUUCU